CUCUGCCCUAGCUCCUUCUACAAAAUAACAAAGCGCACUAAUUAAUUUACACAGAAAUUGAAAACAGAGGAGAUAAAUGGUGUGGAGACAAUGCUUAAACUCCCUAAAAUCUCCAGAUUGUGCAGCAUUUUUCUUCGUUUUACCUAAAAUCGACGGGAUAAUCGAAAUUAUUUGCCGAUGAAGUUUCUAUCGGCGUUUCUAGGGUUUAUGUAAUUGUUUUUGGGGGAUCAAAUUGGUUUAAUCGACGAAGAGGUUAGCGUUUUAUGAGUUUUUAUGCUUAUGUUUGUUCAAUUCGGAGCUUCAAUUUGAUGAAUAUUGAGGUUUUAUCGACGGUUUAUUAGUGUAGUGUUUGUUGGAUGAACUGUUGAAAAUUGGUAGGUUUGCUCUGUUUUCUAAGCAUUUUGUCAUGCCAAAAUCUCAAUCGGCAUCCAUUUCUCCUUCUACGGGAGAGAGUGGUUACCGGUUGGGUUCAAGAACUCGAAAAAGGCAUAAAAGGCUUGAUUUGAUUAGUGAGGAUGUGUAUAAUCGGAACCGUCAGGCUAAGUCGGAGCCGAAUGAGGGUAGUCAGGGUGCGGCUAGUAGAGGGGUGUCAGUGGGGAAUGAGACUGAACUUCGUCGAAGCUCGAGGGCGGUAAAGGCACCGGUGAUUCUCGAUUCGUCGCCUCCCCCUCCAAGGAAGAGGCGGAAAGUUGAGAAGUUAGGGGAGAAAGUUUGUGGGGGGUCAGAGAAGAAGUUGAAGGUGAAGGGUAAAGUGAAGAGUGAGGGUCUGAAGUCGGAUGAGGAACUGGGAGCUUUGAGGUUGAGGUUAAGGUCUAAGGGUAAGACUGAGGUUCCUAGUAUGAUAGGUAGUCGAAGUCGGGCGCAUGGGAAAAGGAAACUCUUAUGGGACGAAGAUGAUGAGGAGAUGAAUUUUGGCGAGGAUGUUCCUGAGGAGGAGACUGUUAAAGAUGAUACUGAGGAGGUGACUGUUAAAGAUGAUUCUGAGGAGGAGAUGACUUCUGUCAAGGAUGAUACUGAGGAGGAAGAGCUGUUUUUGGACAGUGGCAAAUCAGCUGUCUUAAAGCCUGCUGAAUCUGAUAGUGGCAGGGUUUCAGUUGAUGGCGAGGAUGAGUUGCCUGAUGAUCCUUUAGUAGAUGGCGGCUUGCAUAUUGCGGUUAGUGCCUCAGGGGUUGAAGGCGACGGGGAUUGUAUGCCUUCGAUGAGUGGAAGAAUUGUUGGAAAUGAAGAGAUUGUGGACGGUACUCUUGAUGAUCUUGUAGUAAUAGAGAGUGAAAGUCCUACGGAAAAUCAACCAGAGGAAACUGUGAAUAGGAUUGACAAUGUGGAAGACUAUGAGAAGAAUUAUGAUGCAUUGAAUUCACCGAAACUUGAUGAGGAUGCUGAAAACCAAACACAAGUGGAAGAUGUGGGACUUGCUGUCUUGAAUGAGGUUGUUGCGGAAGCUAAGGAAAAACAUGCCGAGGUUGAGGGUGGUGUAAACUUGGCGAAGUGCAAUGCUACCGUUGCUGGGAUUCCUAGAUCACGUGUAAAGAAGGGAAGACGAUGUGGUUUGUGUGGGGGAGGGACUGAUGGAAAGCCUCCAAAGGUUAUGGCUAAUGAUUCAGCAGGCAGUGACUACGAGGCUUACAGCGGUUCAUCUGCUUCUGAGGAAUGUAACUACGAUCCAUGGGAUGGGUUUGGUGAUGAACCUGGCUGGCUUGGAAAACUCUUGGGUCCCAUAAAUGAUCGAUAUGGAAUUGCUGGAAUUUGGGUUCACCAGCAUUGUGCUGUAUGGAGUCCGGAGGUUUAUUUUGCUGGCUUAGGGUGUUUAAGAAAUAUUAGAGCAGCGCUUUGCCGAGGAAAGGCAUUGAAAUGUACCCGCUGUGGAAGGCCCGGGGCAACUCUUGGGUGUCGUGUGGAUCGUUGUCCGAGAACUUAUCAUUUGCCUUGUGCACGAGCCAGUGGCUGCGUAUUUGAUCACCGCAAAUUCCUUAUAGCCUGCACUGACCAUCGGUUUCACUUCCAACCUCAUGGUUUUCAAUAUGCACGACAUAUAAAGAAGCUAAAAGCUAAGAAGGUGAAGUUGGAAAUGAGAAAGGUGUCAAAUGAUGCUUCACGGAAAGAUCUAGAGGCAGAAGAAAAGUGGUUGGAGAAGUGUGGUGAGGAUGAAGAGUUUUUGAGACGCGAAACAAAAAGGCUACAGCGUGAUUUAUUAAGAAUUGCACCUGUUUACAUAGGGGGACCACAUUCUGGAGUUGAGAAUCCUUUUGAAGGUUGGGAAUCUGUUGCAGGACUUCAGGAUGUCAUCCAGUGUAUGAAAGAGGUUGUCAUAUUGCCUCUUCUGUACCCAGAGUUCUUCAAGAACAUGGGGAUUACACCACCCAGAGGUGUUCUAUUGCAUGGUUAUCCUGGAACUGGCAAGACUCUAGUUGUCCGGUCAUUAAUUGGUUCCUGUGCUCGUGGGGAUAAACGCAUAGCUUAUUUUGCCCGAAAAGGUGCGGAUUGUUUAGGAAAAUAUGUUGGAGACGCUGAGCGCCAGCUUAGGCUUCUCUUCCAGGUCGCAGAGAAAUCUCAGCCUUCAAUAAUUUUCUUCGAUGAAAUUGAUGGGUUGGCACCUGUUCGUACGAGGCAGCAAGACCAGACUCAUAGUUCAGUGGUGUCCACCUUGCUGGCCUUAAUGGAUGGUUUGAAGUCUCGAGGCUCUGUUGUAGUUAUAGGUGCUACAAAUCGUCCUGAUGCUGUCGAUCCAGCUCUGAGACGGCCUGGCAGGUUUGAUAGAGAGGUUUAUUUUCCAUUACCUUCCAUGAAGGAUAGAGCUGAUAUUUUGGCUCUUCAUACAAGAAAGUGGCCUAAGCCAGUAUCUGGUACUUUGCUAGAGUGGCUCGCUGCUAGGACUGUGGGCUUUGCUGGUGCAGAUCUACAGGCUCUUUGUGCUCAAUCAGCUGUUAUGGCCUUGAAAAGAAAUUGCUCCUGGCACCAAAUUAUAUCUCAUGCUGGAGACAGACCUGACCAGGGAAGACGUCCAGAGCUUCCUUCUUUUUUGGUGGAAGAGAGAGAUUGGUUGGAGGCUCUUUCCCUUGCUCCUCCCCCAUGUUCUCGUAGAGAGGCCGGGAUGGCUGCUAAUGAAGUUGUUGGUUCUCCCCUUCAUAUACAUCUUAUUCCUAUCCUGCUUCAGCCACUUUUAUGCUUGAUGAUGUCUCUCUAUCUCGAUGACCGUCUUUGGUUACCUGAUCGUCUAUUGAAUGCUGGAGCAGCCAUUAAGAAGGCUAUGAUAUCUCUGCUGGAGAAAAAGGGUUUGCAGAGUGACAAAUGGUGGUUCCAUACACAAGAUAUGGUCCAAGAUCCAGACACUACUAAAGAGAUUGUGAGAUAUCUUCUCAUUGCAGGAAUCCUAGAUGGAGAUGCUUCUUCGACUGGAUCUUAUCCGUCAAAUGAUACUUUUGGCGAUAGUGGAUUUCAUUCUUGCGAUCUUCAUUUUAAUCCUUCUGGUUCACACAGAAAUAUAUCCUAUGCACCGUUAAAGAAAACAGGGUAUAGAAUAUUGAUUUCUGGAGAUCCAAGAUCUGGCCAAAAGCAUCUUGCUUCUUGCCUUCUUCAUUGUUUUAUGGGUAGUAUUGAAAUACAGAAGAUUGAUUUGGCUACAAUUUCGCAAGCGGGGCAUGGCGACAUGGACCAAGGCAUUUCACAUAUUUUAACGAAAUGUGCCAGUUUGAAGAUCUGUGCACUAUUCAUGCCUAGAAUUGAUCUGUGGGCUGUACAGUCGUGCUUGAGUGUCCAGGAAGAUGUUGAGGUCUCGACAUAUCAUGAAUCACCCAAGGAAUCCUCGCUGACAUCUUGUCCAAUUGGUCAGGAGAAAUGUAGUCCCAUGCCAAGUAAAUCUGAAUUGAUAGAAGUAACGGAGUACCAAGAUGAGAUUCGCAGUGCUUCCCACAUAUGGAGAUCUUUUGUGGAGCAGCUGGAGUGUAUAUGUGUUCCCUCAUCCCUGAUAAUACUGGCCACUUCAGAGCUUCCAAGUUCAGCCCUUCCUCGGGAACUAUGCAAGUUCUUUGGCAGUCGACUUUUGACAUCUGAAGAUUCUGUUAUUUCAGAGUAUGGAGCUCCCCGAUUUUCUGUGGAGGUGGAAAGGGAGUUUGACCUUGAUAAUUUGAUCCAUUUGGCUGCAUUAGACCUGUCAAGGGAUCUGAUUCAACAAUUUGUGCAACUUGUUCACAUUGGGUAUCACUGUUAUACGGAUUCAAGGAUCGCCUAUAAAGCUCAUGAUGGAGGUAAAAGCUAUGUGUCAAGUCACAGGAGUGAACUCAAAUCUGUGGAGGAACCUAGAGUAAUACAAGAACCUGCAGAAAGCUAUGUUGCAGACUUACCUGUUCCAGCUUGUUCUAGAAAUGACAAAGGAAAAUCGUCCCUGUUAUUGGCUAUAACUGCCUUUGGCUAUCAAAUGUUAAAAUACCCCCACUUUGCAGAACUCUGUUGGGUCACUUCCAAGUUGAACGAAGGUCCAAGCACUGACAUCAGUGGACCUUGGAAAGGAUGGCCAUUUAAUACUUGCAUUGUACGGCCCUUCAAACCACUGGCGAAGGAAAUUGUUGUUGGCAAUACUAACAAUAGUAAAGGGAAAGACCAGUUCACAUUGGUCAGAGGCCUAGUUGCUGUGGGGUUGUUUGCAUAUCGUGGAAUAUAUACAUCUGCAGUGGAAGUUUCCGUGGAGGUAAGGAAGGUGCUGGAGCUCCUCACUGAACAAAUAGCCGCUAGGAUUCAGGCAGGAAAAGAUAAGUACCAAUAUUUCCGCAUUUUGUCCCAAGUUGCUUACCUAGAGGACAUGGUUAACAACUGGGCUUACUCAUUAAGAAGUUUAGAGCCGGAUGCUCAAGAAUCAACCAUUAACUCCAAGCUUAAUGAUGUUCAGUGUCCUGAAACUCUGCAGCCAUCAGCUGCUAAGCCUAUGCAGAUUGGAAAUGGACCUACUGAAGGACUUGAAAAAGGAGGUCUGCAGGGGUCAAUUGCUGGAAAUCUGUUUAACACACCAGGUGCUAAUCCUAUGCAGGUCGAAAAUGAGCCAAGUAUUCAAGGUAGUGGCUUUGAGCAGCAGCUGGAACGGGAAGAAGUGUUACCAGGAACUAUUGCUGAAAAUGCUGAACCUGCUGAUUCAAACAUGAAACCUAUUGAUGCUGGCAAUUAUAAACCCGUGGCUGCAAACCAUAUUUUGCAGAGUAUUCACUCUGCAGGAGAGGUUGUUAAUCAAGAACGGGAAGUGUUUUUAGGGAGUAGUAAUGCUGUGUCAAGCAACGACUUUGUGGAUACUGUUGAUGAUCGAUCAUUUAUUGGAAUUUCCAAGGAGAAGUUUACAGGAUGUGAAGUAUCUAAGUGGAAACAUUUCUUAGACACUGCUGUAACUGGUGGACACAUGAAGUCUACACAAGAGUCUAGUGAAUUUUCUUGUGCAGAAUUUGUUGGUCAACCAACAGCUGGUACUUGUAAUUCAGGAAAACUUGGAAACACUCGGCUCUCUAGGUCCAGUGAAUUCUGCAGUGAAUCUAUUCCUGAACCAUUGGUUGAAAAUGAGAUUUCUGCAGAAGCUGUAAAGUGUACAAGUGAUUUUCAGCUCCAAGACUCUAGAACUUCUGAGAUCAGUGAUGUGUCAUCUGAGUCUGAAAUCAUUUGUUCUUACAGUUGUUGCACUGGAUGCAUUUAUACUCUUCAUCAAUCGGUUAAGAAAAUAGUCACCCAAGAGCAGGCACUAUCUUCAUCUUGUUGCACUAUGGAAGAUGUUAAUGAUCUUGUUUCAACACUAUCGUCAAGUUUAUGUUCAACAAUCAGGAAUUGGUAUGCCACUGAAGGAUGUAGCAGUUCUGAGAAUGGAGGACUGAGAUUGAGAAAGCUUGAAUCCCAGGAAAUAAAUGGCUGUCCAUGUGAAAGUUCAGUAAAUAAACCGGUACUUCUCCAAGAAUGUGUUUGUCAUUCAGGAAAGGAUUUUUCCAAGGAAGUUGAUGUUUCGUUAUACAACCAACCUGAAUUGAACAUGACUUACAUUUUUAGGGAUGGCGUCUUGGUGUCAGCAAAUUCUGGUGAGGAGUCUUCUUUCCAUUGUGAAUUCGAAUGCUUGUGCCUCUCUUCGUUGAUAGAAUUGAUACUAGGCACUAAGCAGCCUUUAGAUUGACCUCGUGUUUAUGCAGUAAUUAUACUAGCUUGAGAAAGCGCAAUUUUGAAAGUGUUAUGGAAUUCAGUUUCCAGAAUGAUUUCAUACUUGGUACUUGGGGAUGCAUGAAAAUCAAAUUUGGCCACAUGAUGAUAUUCACUCAA